AUGUACAGACCCCACUCGCGUCACCCAGCAGCCCAGGAGGAAGAUGAGGAUGAGGAGAGGAACAUUACCAGCAGCACCUCUGCAGAGAGCCACAGCCUGGUGGGAGAGGCAGGAGCGGAUCCCUCCUCACACCAGCAGCAGCUGCCCUCGGCGGGGGAGGAGGGCGACGAGGGCUCCUGCGAGCUGUCGGACGAAGUGAGUCGAGACAGCACCAUGGGCUCAGACUCGGACACUUUCUCCUCCCCCUUCUGCCUGUCCCCUGUCAGCGAGGCCCUCUGUGAAAGCAGCGGCUCUGUCUUCCUGGACAGUGAGAGCAGGGAGCUGUGCGAGGAGUCCAUGACUCACUCCGCAAGCUCCGCCUCCAGCCUGGACAGCCACGCCCCCUCCGAGAACAGCGGCCUGUCCCAGGGCGUGCGGUGGGAGGAGCAGCAGAAGGUGCUGGCUCUGGAGCAGUUGUGCGGCGUUUUCCGGGUGGACCUGGGUCACAUGCGGUCGCUGAGACUCUUCUACAGUGAUGAGGCGUGCACCAGUGGCCAGCUGGUGAUAGCCAGCAGAGAGAGCCAAUAUAAGAUCCUCCACUUCCAUCAUGCUGGCCUGGACAAGCUGGCUGAAGUCUUCCAACAGUGGAAGUGCUGCAGGGAAACUCAGCUUAAAGACCAGGUGUCGGAUGAGAAAUCCUGCAUGCAGUUUUCCAUCCAGAGGCCCACCCUGCCAUCGGCUGAGUCCCACCCAGAGGAGAGGCUUUAUCGGCGGCUGGAUGUCACCACCUGGCUACGUCACCUCAACCACAAUGGGCAAGUGGAAGAGGAGUAUAAGCUACGCAAGGCCAUCUUCUUCGGUGGUAUCGACCCAUCCAUCCGUGGCGAGGUGUGGCCCUUCCUGCUGCACUACUACAACUAUGACUCCAGCUCCCAGGAGAGGGAGGCCUGGAGACUGCAAAAACGCACCCACUAUCAUGACAUUCAGCAGAGGAGAUUGUCCAUGAGCCCGGAGGAGCACAGUGAGUUCUGGAGAAAGGUCCAGUUCACAGUGGAUAAAGACGUGGUGCGAACAGACCGCAGCAACCACUUCUUCAGAGGCGAGAAUAACCCCAAUGUGGAGAUCAUGAGGCGGAUUCUGCUCAACUAUGCAGUGUUUAACCCAGACAUGGGCUACUGCCAGGGCAUGUCUGACCUGGUGGCCCCCCUGCUCACCGAGGUCCAGGAUGAAAGCGACACCUUCUGGUGCUUUGUUGGCCUCAUGGAGAACACCAUCUUCAUUAGCUCCCCGCGUGAUGAAGACAUGGAGAGGCAGCUGAUGUACCUGCGGGAGCUGCUGCGUCUCAUGCUACCCCACUUCCACCAGCACCUGACCAGGCUGGGGGAGGACGGCCUCCAGCUGCUCUUCUGCCACCGCUGGAUCCUGCUCUGCUUCAAGCGAGAGUUCCCCGACACGGAGGCUCUGCGCAUGUGGGAGGCCUGCUGGGCACACUACCAGACGGACUACUUCCACCUGUUCCUGUGUGUGGCCAUCAUUGUUCUCUAUGGGGAGGAUGUGACAGAACAGCAGCUCGCCACUGACCAAAUGUUGCUCCACUUCAGCAACCUCUCCAUGCACAUGAAUGGAGAAUUGGUGCUGCGCAAGGCCCGCAGCCUCCUCUACCAGUUCCGCCUCCUACCCAGAAUCCCCUGUAGCCUACAUGACCUUUGUAAACUGUGCGGCCCGGGGAUGUGGGACAGCCGCUACAUCCCCACUGUGGAGUGUUCGGGUGAACACGCAGACUCACAGAGCUGCCCCUAUGGAGGCACCUCUACCCCCCGGCCCUCCUCACCCUCCCCUUCAUCCACUCCCUCGCCCUCACCAAACCCCACCCCCACGCCUCCACUGGAGAGCAAGAAAGGCUCUAAAACCCGGGACAUUUUCACCUUCCGGAAACAAUCCUGAGACGGAAGCUAUGGGGAGCUUUGCUGGUCUUGGCUCAUGUUGGUGCAGCAAAGGUUUGGAUCCAUCUCUUGGAUUCCUGAACUGUUUGCUGCCCCCUCUCUCCACAGCCCCUGCUUCUAGCUUCCAUCUUACUGAGGAUUUUUUUCACUUGAGGUGCAAAGUGGUAACACUGCCUUCCCAGAAUGUUACUUGCAAGGGUCAGUAUCACAUGAAUCUGCGACGAGGACGGCUUGCUGCUGGAUGUGCCGGAAGUCAAGAGGCUUUCCUCUUAGAGCCGAAUGGACAAUCACCAGGCGCUUUGUUGGUCUGGAGCUACUUCAGGUUCGAGGUCUGCUACUGGCUUGGCAUAUUUCCAUGGGCUUUGUGGGCAGGGGGUCACAUCAGGGUCUGAAGCCAACUGUCCUGAAUCCUUGCAGACUCUGACCGAGGGUCAAAUGAAACUGGAGAUUCAUUCACUGGACUUAAACUUGAACUUUUAAAAAUGUUCCCAUGUUCUCACAACGGAACAUUUUUGUGAAUAUCAAAUUACAUGGGCAUAGCUCAAGUCUGAGCAGGAAGUUUGCAACAUGAAAUCCAAACCCUUGGUGUUAACAAAGAAGGGGUUAACAUACAAAUAGGAUUAUAAUAAAUUACUGGUACUUUAAAUUUAUGUUUCAUUUUCAAACAAGUGAAUGUUUGCGUUUAUAUCAGCAAAUAUUUAGCAAUAUUCUAUCCUUGCAUGAGCGAUUUUCGACAUAUAGAGGGCAGACACUCGAGUCCAAAACAGAGGUAAGAAUGUGUUUACAUUACAAACACUGACAUGAUGGUAGGGCUCCACAUAUUUCUUUAUCAGAUUGUGGGGGGUUACAUCAUUUACACAUUACCAUCAUAAGAUAUAGUACAGUUUUCCUGUCUGAGGUAUUUGAUAGAUACGGCAGCGGUGUCUGCCACAGAGAGCAUAGAUCAUGUUGUUAUCCUGACAGAGAAAUUGAUGGCCUUGUGUUCAACUUGAAAGUUUUGUCCUCUGUGUUUAUCCAUGUUUAGACAUGGUUGUGAAAAAUUGUCAGCACAAUGUUAUUGGUUGUUUUUUUUUCCCCACUCUAGUGUUUUCUUCACUUUCACUGUUUUUAAAUGAAUGACAACACACUAUCAACACUAAGAAUCAGUCCACAUGAAUGUAUCUGUUUUUUGGGGGGUUUUUGCACUCAACAACAGUGUGAAUGUCUUCAGUGUACGAGUGGGUGUGUGAUUGUGUGUAUAAACUAGAGUAACCUCUAAACAUCUGGUAAUGAGCUGGAGAACAGCCAUAGAAGCCCCCCCCCCCCCGACCAGUCUUUAAUUAUAGCAGUCAUCAUAGCGAGAACCUGGGAGAGAAAAGGCAAACGUAAAGCUUGGACUCUUCAGAGACACAACAAAGAUGGACAGAAAAGGGAUGAUUUAGGCUUUAUACAGGGAUAUGUAGUGAUCUGCAUCUUGCCUCUGGGAUUUGCACCUCCCAGAUGGUAAAGAUGGUCUCCACUCUGAGGCUUUUCCCUGAGAGCUUUUGAGUGACACUCCUGGGGGUGAUAACAUCUUCAAAUUGCUGUUAAAAUGCAACAUUAAGACCACCCCCCCCUCCCUUUUUCUGUCUCUCUUGUGGUCUCUUGCUCUCUCUCAGCAAGCAGUUCCUCCAACUGACAUUCAUCUGCAAUGCUUCUUUUCCCUUUUUUGUUAUGUGCAGCUGCUUGCAGUAAAUGCAUGCGGAGUUUUAAAGAUUGGGUGGCUGCAUUGAAAUGAGCAAAGUCAGGGAUGUAGGAUGGGGAAGUAAUCAAACUCUAUGUGUGUGUGUGUGUGUGUGUGUGUGUGUUUGUGCGCCUCUACGAACUCAUGAAUUUUAUUAAAAUACUCAAUGAAAUCACACUAUCUGCACAGGCGCACUGUAAGUCACGAGCCUAAUUAAUGACUACUCCUAUUUAAAAGGGGUUUAGAUCAAUCAUCACUGAAUGUACAAUGUUGCUGUUGAGCUCCAUGAUAUGCGGAUGUAUUACUGUACACAUCUCAGAAAAAAAAUGCCUAUUCUUAUUCUUGGUAUUAAUAAAAACACAGUCAUGCUUUCAUGAACCAUCUCUAGAAAAAUGUUUUACUGAACACCAAAAUGUACCAAGCAUACGAUUCAUAAAUGCCUUUCUGACUAUAAAGGACUUGUGAUUGUGAUCUGAUACCAAGUAAACAAUGUUGGGAACACCA